AUGAUUUACCCCGUGCGGCAGCCUUUGAAGAUCUCCGCGGCAGUCUUUCUCGUCGUUCUCGGCCUGCUCUUCACCUAUGUCUUCUUCCGAGAGGAUGCUGCUGGCAUUGGCAGCAGUGGUUCUGGCGUCAGCUAUUCUGGCAGCUGGCCUGCAUCUGUCGGACACGCGUCCUAUGGCGCCCUGAUUGUUGAUUCAAAGGGUCUCGUCAAGGACGCCCAUCGACUGCCCACAGCGGAUUCUUUCUUGCCACAUUUCAAGGCCGUCACAGAAAUGAAGGGCAUGACCAUGGACGAGGCCAAGUCCGGCUGCACCUGGCUCUAUCCCGCUGCGGUGACGUUCACCUUCGACGGCAGCGAUGCUGACUGGAAACUCAACGAUCGCAGCGAUAUGGAGCUGGACCGGCAGCGGAACAAGUGGCAUGAGUUCAUCGAGAGCCAGCUUCUCCCCUUCGAGGAGUACAAGGAACGGUUCGACGGGCGGGGAAUCAUCAUCGUUGCGGGCAACGAGAAGAGUCUGAAACGCGUCCGAGUCAUCCUGCGCCAGUUGAUGAAGCUCAAGUCCGAACUGCCCAUCGAAAUCCACUUCUGGGGCCAGGAAUUGAAUGAGUCCUCGCGCAACGCCCUCCAGGAACUCUGGCAGCCUAACAAGAUGUUCUUCAAUGACCUCUCGGAUCCCGCUAACAUCGCGAAGACAAAAUUCAACCCCUACCUGAUCAACUACCAGCUCAAGACGGCUGCCGUCAUCAACUCGCGCUUCGCGGAACCUUUCCUCCUGGACUCGGAUAACAUCCCCAUCAUCGACCCGGCCGAGCUCUACGACUCAGCGACUUACCGCGAAUUCGGUACGUUGUUCUGGCCGGACAUCGCGCGCACCCGAACAAAUAACCCAAUGUGGCCCAUCACAAACACCAAAUGCCGCAUGGACGAGUACGAGCAGGAAAGCGGCCAACUCCUCGUCGACAAACGCCGCUUUUUCUACCACCUCCAGCUGGCGGAUUGGUUCGGCAACGCCCAGCCAGAUCAGUACUACAGUAAAUUCCUGCUGGGAGAUAAGGACCUCUUCCGCUUCUCCUGGCAUGCGCUGAAAACUCCCUUCGGUUCUCCGGCACGAUGGCUCACGAGCGUCGGCACACUAACACCAGACGGGUACUACUGCGGCCAUACAUUCGCGCAGUACCACCCCGAUCGCGACGAUGGGCGAAUCGCCUUCCUGCACGGUGGUCUCCUCAAGACGCUGUCCAAGGAACUCAUCUCAUGGCAUCGCGAGACGAACGGUGGCAUCUUCAAGGCGUACAAGAAACAUCCCCAUGAUGAGAAUUGGUCCGUUACUACCAACGUCUCGAUUAAAUGGGAUAUUGCGGAGUAUUUGCCUAAUAAGCCGGAGGGAAUGCCGGUCGCGUCAUGUACGGAUUUCUAUGACGUCGAGCCGAAGAUUCUUGAGGAGAUUUUACCGGGUUUCGAGAAGAGAUAUGAGGAGAUUGGGGGGUAUUGGAUGUUGGAUGCUUAA